CUGGAGAGAAGGCAGAGUCAUGGCACUUCACAGCCACUGUCUCAUUCUCCUCGCCCUUGCCUGGCACUCCUCUGCCUAUGGGCCUGAUCAGCGAGCCCAGAAGAAGGGAGACAUUAUCCUUGGGGGGCUCUUCCCUAUUCAUUUUGGAGUAGCUGCCAAAGACCAAGAUCUGAAAUCCCGGCCAGAGUCUGUGGAAUGUAUCAGGUAUAAUUUCCGCGGUUUUCGCUGGUUACAAGCCAUGAUAUUCGCCAUCGAGGAGAUAAACAGCAGCCCAGCCCUUCUUCCCAACAUGACGCUGGGAUACAGGAUUUUCGACACUUGCAACACCGUUUCCAAGGCUUUGGAGGCCACACUGAGUUUUGUUGCCCAGAACAAAAUCGAUUCUCUGAACCUUGAUGAGUUCUGCAAUUGCUCAGAGCACAUUCCUUCCACUAUCGCAGUGGUGGGAGCCACUGGCUCAGGCGUCUCCACGGCAGUGGCCAACCUGUUGGGGCUCUUCUACAUUCCCCAGGUGAGCUACGCCUCCUCCAGCAGACUCCUCAGCAAUAAAAAUCAGUUCAAGUCCUUCCUCCGUACCAUCCCAAACGAUGAACACCAGGCCACAGCCAUGGCAGACAUUAUUGAGUAUUUCCGCUGGAACUGGGUGGGCACAAUCGCAGCUGAUGACGACUAUGGCCGGCCAGGGAUCGAGAAGUUCCGAGAGGAAGCAGAGGAACGGGACAUCUGCAUCGACUUCAGUGAGCUCAUCUCUCAAUAUUCUGAUGACAAAGAGAUCCAGCAAGUGGUGGAGGUGAUCCAGAAUUCCACAGCUAAGGUCAUCGUGGUCUUCUCCAGUGGCCCAGACCUGGAACCCCUCAUCAAGGAAAUUGUCCGACGCAAUAUCACAGGCAGAAUCUGGCUGGCCAGCGAGGCCUGGGCCAGCUCCUCCUUGAUCGCCAUGCCCGAAUAUUUCCAUGUGGUCGGAGGCACCAUUGGAUUUGCUCUGAAGGCUGGUCAGAUCCCAGGGUUCCGGGAAUUCCUGCAGAAAGUCCAUCCCAGGAAGUCCAUCCACAAUGGUUUUGCCAAGGAGUUCUGGGAAGAAACAUUUAACUGUCACCUGCAAGAAAGUGCUAAAGGACCUUUGCCCGUGGACACCUUCCUGAGAGGCCACGAAGAGGGUGGAAGCAUGGUAAGCAAUAGCUCCACUGCCUUCCGACCUCUCUGUACAGGGGCUGAGAACAUCAGCAGCGUGGAGACCCCAUACAUGGAUUACACACAUUUACGAAUCUCCUACAACGUGUACCUAGCAGUCUACUCCAUCGCUCAUGCCCUUCAGGAUAUAUACACUUGCUUGCCUGGGAGAGGACUCUUCACCAACGGUUCCUGCGCAGACAUCAAGAAGGUUGAGGCUUGGCAGGUUCUGAAGCACUUACGACACCUGAACUUCACCAACAACAUGGGGGAGCAGGUGACUUUUGAUGAGUGUGGAGACCUCAUGGGGAACUAUUCCAUCAUCAACUGGCACCUCUCCCCAGAGGACGGCUCCAUCAUGUUUAAGGAAGUUGGAUACUAUAAUGUCUAUGCCAAGAAGGGAGAAAGGCUUUUCAUCAACGAGGAGAAGAUCCUAUGGAGCGGGCUCUCCAGAGAGGUGCCCUUCUCCAACUGCAGCCGGGACUGCCUGGCAGGGACCAGGAAGGGGAUCAUUGAAGGGGAGCCCACCUGCUGCUUUGAGUGUGUGGAGUGUCCUGAUGGGGAGUACAGCGACGAGACCGAUGCCAGUGCCUGUGACAAGUGCCCAGAUGACUUCUGGUCCAAUGAGAACCACACUUCCUGCAUCGCCAAGGAGAUCGAGUUCCUGGCCUGGACGGAGCCCUUUGGGAUCGCGCUCACCCUCUUUGCCGUGCUGGGCAUCUUCCUGACCGCCUUUGUGCUGGGCGUCUUCAUCAAGUUCCGCAACACGCCCAUCGUCAAGGCCACCAACCGCGAGCUCUCCUACCUGCUCCUCUUCUCCCUGCUCUGCUGCUUCUCCAGCUCCCUCUUCUUCAUCGGUGAGCCCCAGGACUGGAAUUGCCGCCUGCGCCAGCCGGCCUUCGGCAUCAGCUUCGUACUGUGUAUCUCGUGCAUUUUGGUGAAGACCAACCGCGUCCUGCUUGUGUUCGAGGCCAAGAUCCCCACCAGCUUCCACCGCAAGUGGUGGGGACUCAACCUGCAGUUCCUGCUGGUUUUCCUCUGUACCUUCAUGCAGAUCGUCAUCUGCGGGAUCUGGCUCUACACGGCGCCGCCCUCCAGCUACCGCAACCACGAGCUGGAGGAUGAGAUUAUCUUCAUCACGUGCCACGAGGGCUCACUCAUGGCCCUGGGCUUCCUGAUCGGCUACACCUGCCUGCUGGCCGCUGUCUGCUUCUUCUUCGCCUUCAAGUCAAGGAAGCUGCCCGAGAACUUCAACGAAGCCAAGUUCAUCACCUUCAGCAUGCUCAUCUUCUUCAUCGUCUGGAUCUCCUUCAUCCCCGCCUACGCCAGCACCUACGGCAAGUUUGUCUCUGCAGUGGAGGUGAUCGCCAUCCUGGCCGCCAGCUUCGGCCUGCUGGCCUGCAUCUUCUUCAACAAGGUCUACAUCAUUUUGGUCAAGCCGUCCCGCAACACCAUCGAGGAGGUGCGCUGCAGCACGGCCGCUCACGCUUUCAAGGUGGCGGCCCGGGCCACACUGCGUCGCAGCAACGUCUCCCGCAAGCGCUCCAGCAGCCUCGGGGGCUCCACGGGCUCCACACCCUCGUCCUCCAUCAGCAGCAAGAGCAACAGCGAAGACCCCUUCCCACAGCCCGAGAGGCCGAAGCAGCCACCGCCGCCGCUGGCCUCGCCCCAGCCGGGGCGGCAGCAGCAACAGCCGCCACACCAGCCCAGAUGCAAGCAGAAGGUCAUCUUCGGCAGUGGCACCGUCACCUUCUCCCUGAGCUUCGAUGAACCCCAGAAGAACGCCAUGACUCCCAGGAAUUCCCAGCGCCAGAACCCCUCGGAGGCCCAGAAAAGCAACGAGACCCUGACCAGGCACCAGGCGUUGCUACCGCUGCAGUGCGGAGAGACCGAGGCAGAACUGAUGAUGGACCAGGAGGAAGGCGUGCACGGGCCUGUGGGUGGGGACCGCCGACCAGACACGGAAGCCCCAGAGGAGAUGUCCCCUGGGCUCGUGGUGUCCAAUUCACGGAGCUUUGUCAUCAGCGGUGGAGGCAGCGCUGUGGCAGAAAACAGACUGCACUCCUAAGGCGGAAGGAGAAGGCCUGUCCAGGAGGUGUCCAGAGAGCCUACGUGGAAUCCCAGCCACACAGAGGAGGAAGCCCUGACAGACACAGACAGUGCCCAGAAUUCAGUCGCCCCCUUUGCCAUGACAGCGGAUGAACUUA